AUGGAGCUCAUUCUAGAAGGGCAAAGAUUCCAGUUUCCAUCACAAUGGUUGUACGACAACGUAGAGGGCGAAUGGGGAGCAUUCAAUGAUAUCUUUAAUCGUAAAGAUAUAUCUAUUCAAAAAGAGGUGUCAAUGUUGCAAGUGAAGAUCAUUGCUGAAGAUCAAGCUGUUGAAGAAAGAACAACAGAAUUGCUGAAUGACUGGGAUAAAGGCAAACCUAUUGAAGGUAGUACUCGACCGGAUGCUGCUCUCAAAUCUCUUGCUGUUUACGAAGGAAAGCUCAAUCGAUUGAAAGAUGAUAGAAGUAAUGUUGCAAAAGCUAAGGAAGCCUUAGAGUUAAUGGAACAAGGUGUUACAAUGAUCAGCGAUGACCGUGUCCAGGUUUCAUUGGAAGAGUUGCAAGAUCUUAAAGGAGUUUGGAACGAGUUGUUGAAGAUUUGGGAGAAGAUUGAUGAAAUGAAAGAGCAACCUUGGUUGUCAGUACAACCGCGCAAGAUACGUCAAUCUCUUGAUGCUUUGUUGAAUCAACUAAAGAAUUUCCCUACUCUUCUUAAACAGUAUUCAUCUUAUGAAUACGUACAGAAACUACUCAAAGGUUACAUGAAGGCAAAUGUUCACAUUGUUGAGUUAAAAUCCGAAGCCCUCAAGGAACGUCAUUGGAAACAUUUGAUGAAACAACUUCGUGUAAAAUGGAUUAUCAAUGAUCUAACUCUUGGUGCUGUUUGGGAUGUUGAUCUCCUUAAGAAUGAAGCUCUACUUAGAGAUGUUAUGUUAGUUGCUCAAGGAGAGAUGGCUUUGGAAGAAUUUCUUAAACAGGUACGCGAUGUGUGGCAAACGUUUGAAUUGGAAUUGAUCAACUAUCAGAACAAAUGUCGAGAUUGGGAUGAUCUCUUUACAAAAGUAAAAGAACAUUUAAACAGCGUCACCGCUAUGAAGUUAUCGCCUUAUUAUAAGGUAUUUGAAGAAGACGCUUUGCAAUGGGAGGAGAAACUGAAUCGUAUUCAUGAUACGUUCGAUGUAUGGAUUGAUGUUCAACGUCGUUGGGUCUAUCUUGAUGGUAUUUUUAGUGGAAGUGCUGAUAUCAAGACAUUGUUACCUGUAAAGACACAGAGAUUUUCAAGAACACGCUGUCCCAUUUGUCGUGAAAGUUUUGCUCAUAAACUUGAAAAGAAAACUCCAUCGAAGAGACGUCACGGUGGAAGACAUAAAUGACAAGCAGCCAUUAGAUAGAUUUACAUUUUGUCCUUCGAUCUGUAUUUCUAUAUUGGCUGCUUUUAAUUUGAUUAUAGAAAACGAUGAUUUGUGUUUUUAUGAUUUUGUUAAAUUCCUCUGGAGAUGUGUACAUUAUUUUGAACAAAUUGAUAUAUUUUGUUCCACGUUUAAGAUUGUGUGAUAUUUUUCUUUUAGAAUCACAUCAGGUACGCGUGCCAAAAUUUAUAUAAAGUUCAAUUUUAUCUUAAUCUAUUAUUUAACUUGUAAAAGCUCCAGUUUUUCAAAUUAGUGAAAUAGUUAGUCAAUGCACACCUUUUUAAUUUGUGCGUAAAAGAUAA